CCCCCAAUAAGUUCCGUAUGAAUUAUGGGUAAAAACAUGUCUACCCGUUGUUCUCAUUCUGAGGACAACCUUACUCCAAUGUGAAAAACAUUCAUAACUGUAUUUCUGGAUACCUAGCUACCAAACAGUGGACAUUGUCGGUUUAAACAUUAAGUCUGAAGAUGUCGGAAAAUACCGAGAAGGAAAGCGUCUCCGGAAAUGGGCUCACCAUUCCCAGAGAAGUGAUGACUGAAAUGCUGGCGAAGAAUUUCGACAGACUGCCUGACAUUGAUAAAAAAUUCUUUAAAUACGGAAACUUGUAUCUGGGGGGAAACGCGGCUUUCGCAGGAUUGAUAUCCAACAGCUUAUACCGCAGAACCCUGAACAUCUCAAAGGGGUUCAUCGCCUCCAGCCUGCCGACGGCCGCGCUGCCCUUCCUGGUAACAGCUGGCCUGUACAACGUGCUGGUGUCCGAUUCUCUAGUGUCCAGUGGCCUCAACUGUCCCACCUGUGCCAUGACACGAGGUGCGCUUGUCGGUGUGGUCGGCGGCGGUGGGUACCCCAUCCUCCUGGCCUUAGCCGUGAAUAUCUUCCUUGCGGCCAGGCUCAACACAGCGCCAAUGCCAGAGAGGGGCAACGUGCUCCGGCACUGGGUGGACGUAUCCAGACCGAUCCUGAGACAAAUGAGGCCGGUACUGUUACUCCAAGCCAUCUUCGGCACCUACCUGGGCUCCAGGGACUUCGAGACGUACACCAAACUGGCCCGUGUAACAUUUAGCUCAGGUGGAGAGGAGCUAGAGACUAAAGACUAAAACGUCCUUAACUGAACCGUAAAUUAACCACGUUAUUUGUAUUGAGCUUCCACCAUUUCAUAUGGAAUAUGCCUGUGAUGUUUUCCCCAGAAAUAAAAUUAACUAUGUGCGCUGUAUCAUUGCUAGUAUGACAAAAACUGCAUAAAUGUACUGCUUUUAAAA